AUGCUUUCAGACAACACCAGCCGGAUCUGGCCAGUUGCCGCAGCAGUUGCUCUCGUGAGUCGUGACCUCUCCCGCUUCCAGCUCCGUCCCGGGUGCAUUUAUAUCCCGGCCUGCUCUGCAGUGCCGGCCAGUCAGCAGCAUCUUCCCCAAGGAGCACCCAUGAGGUUCGGCAUCGCUUUCCUCCUGCUGGGGCUCCUCACCCUCUGGGCCCGCUUCGCCCCUGCCUCUGCCUCUAGCUACAUCUGCCAGCUCCCCAAGAAGGUGGGGGACUGCCACGGCUCAUCUCUCCGCUGGUACUACAAUUCAGGCAGAGGGAUGUGUCUGAAGUUCUACUACAGUGGCUGCAAAGGGAACAGGAACAACUUCGGAUCCCUGAAAGCAUGCAGAUCCCGUUGUGGCGGCCACGGUUAAGCCAAGGAGUUCCGUCUGGGAUGAGCCAGGAAGGAGCCGCUUGGAUGUGAAGCCCUGCUGCGCCUUUCCUCUGCUCCUUCUGGGAGGUGGCUGACAUGGCCCCAACCGCAGCACUGUCCUAAUAAAUGGGGUUUCUCC